CCAUCUGCACACCUAGAGGUCAUUGUUUACAUCCAUCUAUACAUGCCAUUUCUGCCUGUCAGUGUGUGAAAUAAACAUCUCACUGCUGCUUUUUCCUCCAUUACUCAUCUGUGACUGUGUUCACCCUGACGCGUCAGCACCUGAUCCACUGAGAACGAAGAGGUCAGGACAGAAGCUGGGGGAAACCUUGUGGAUUUUAACUGACUAUAAUUCCUGCUUAGAUCGUGCCAAAACCAGCCGUCACCAUUUCACCCCCAACAGCCAUGUACAGCUCCAGCUACUCGCGGGCCAAGUUCGGCCUGGAGGCGAGGGAGCCGCUUCACAAGCCCAAAGGGAAGAGCUGCGGCUACUACAUGAGGAUCAUCUUCUUCUUCUCCUCCCUCAUACAGUCCCUCAUCAUCGUCAGCCUGGUGCUCUUCCUCAUCUAUGGACAGCCGGAGAAGACUGCAGAGGAGAAGAGAGUCAAGGAGAUGGAGCUGAACUUCAACAGGCUGAGUGAAAACAACAUCCAGCUGAGGAAGGAGAAAGAGCUGGGUGCUCAGCUUGGAGCUCGCACGGCAGAGAAGGCUGCUCUGGAGGCAGAGCUGGCCAAGCUGAAAACCGAGGCCAACAAAACACAAAUCGCACUCAGAGAAAAAAUAGCAAGCUGUGAGAAAAUUAGUUCAACGACAUUAAAAAUGAUGUCAUAUCGUCCGACCCCUCCCAUCGUGCCCCCUGUCGUGGUCACCACCAGCGGUGAGGUGAAGACUCUGCAGAGCCUCAACGCGCAGCAGAAAGCCAUGAUUACUCUCAUCGAGACAAACUUCACUCAGACUGUUCAGUACCUGAGUCUGGAGAGAGACAAAGCCCAGAGAGAGCGAGACACACACCACCAGGACGCCAUCAUCCUGCGCAGGGAGAACAACAUGCUGAAGGAGCAACUCACCACCUACACCAGGAAGUGCAAAGAGGACUUUGCUCAUUCUUUGGACGGGAUCCAAUCGGUGACCCGGGAUUUCCUGAACAGGAUCACUACCCUGUUUCCUCACCAGCUCACCUUUCACCUGACCUGUGACAGCCAACGGGAGCAGAUGGAGAAGAUCAGGAGCAGCUGCACCAACCUGUCCAGAGACGUGGAGAACAAGUUCCAGCUAUACUUAGACAAAGUGGGAAACAAGGUGUCAGAGAUCCAGGCCCUGUCUAGUCGUCUGGAGGUGCAAAACUCACAUUUGAGCUCUGACUUGAAGAAGUGUGAACAAAAUUGCGAAGAGAUGGAGGCAGACAAGUCCAAAAAGCAACAGAUGCACGAUAACCAGGUGGAGAGGUUACUGGUGGAUCAGAACCAGCUGAGAGAACAGAAGAAGCUGGUGGAAGACGCUCUGGCCCUCAGAGAGAGAGAGCUUCAAACCCUAAGGCGAACGCCCCAAAACGCUCAGUCCAACUUUAAGCCUUUUGCUCCUAAACCUGCCGGCCUUCUGGUGGCCCCACAGCAGGGCGCACAGAAGUGGCCCUUAAUUGGAGCGCCCAGCAUCAGCAAAACCCCAACGGUGAGAUGAAAUGCAGCAUCAGCAAGAAACACUGGAGGCCACAGUGAUCACCAUUUAAAGAACAAAGGACAUUACAUGUACAUAUUCCUAAAACACCACACACACGCCCUGUAAAUACCCUGAUAGUAAUGUCUUACCUACCGUUGUUUGUGCAUGAUUUCUUUUGGUUUGGUUUUACUGUGAAAAACUUUGUAUCUCCCCAGGUAAAUGUAUAAAAACGACGACACUGGUGUAAAUAUUUGCUAUUGUGUGUCACUGUUCUAUUAUUAGUUCUAUGUUUAUCUUGAAGAAAUAAAAAUACAGUAAACUGAAGACA